GAGCCAAUCGUAUCAUAAUUUUACCUUAUUCCCCAGAGGUCCCUUCUCUCUUGUCAGAAACCGCUCUUUCACACGGCCCGUCUCUAUCCUCGAUUCUUCCUCCACCAGCUCACCCCUGAAAGAGAAAAAAAACCGAAACGUGAGAAACGAAACGUCGAAACGCAGCGGUUUCGUCCACAAACACGAGGACCACACCCAGAACAAACCACACACCACGUACCCGCCUUUACUCUCUUUCCCCUAUCAAACACACACAGAGACACACACUUCUGUAGCCCUUUCUCUCUCUUUUUUUCUAUAUAUAUGAAGAUUCUUCUCAGACCCUCUUCCACCAUCAAACGCUAGCUUCAUUUCGUUCUCUCUGUCAUGGCCUGCGUGACCGACGAGAGCUGGGUCGCGCUGCCCAGAAUGCUAUCGGAGCGUUUGUCUUUGAGGGAGGAAGAGGCCGAGGAGGAGGAGGAGCCCGGGUUUUUCGACUCCGAGUCCGCCGCGUACAGGUUGGAGAAGGUUUUUCCGGUGUACGCAUUGGGGAUUCAGAAACCCGAGUCCGACCCGGUUGUUGUGGCUGACAGUUCGGACGACCCGAUUUGGGACGCUGUCAGGGAAGAGGCCAAGUUGGAGGCAGAGAAGGAGCCAAUUUUGAGUAGCUUCUUGUAUGCGAGCAUCUUGGCGCAUGAUUGUUUAGAGCAGGCGUUGGGGUUUGUUCUUGCAAACAGGUUGCAGAACCCGACACUUCUGGCUACUCAGCUGAUGGAUAUAUUCACUAAUGUAAUGAUGCAUGACAGAGACAUUCAGCGAUCUGCUCGGCUAGACGUGCAGGCGUUUAAAGAACGCGAUCCAGCUUGUUUGUCUUACUGUUCGGCUCUAUUGUAUCUCAAGGGUUACCAUGCUCUGCAAGUAUAUCGAGUAGCUCAUUCACUGUGGAGUCAAGGACGCAAAGUAUUGGCCUUGGCAUUACAAAGCCGAGUUAGCGAGGUGUUUGGAGUGGACAUUCACCCUGCUUCAAAAAUUGGAGAGGGAGUAUUGUUGGAUCAUGGUACGGGUGUGGUUAUUGGGGAAACUGCUGUUAUAGGAAACAGAGUUUCAUUGAUGCAGGGUGUAACUUUGGGAGGAACUGGGAAAGAAAUUGGUGACCGUCAUCCAAAAAUAGGUGAAGGUGCACUAAUAGGAGCCAGUGCAACUAUACUUGGGAAUAUAAAAAUAGGUCAAGGAGCCAUGAUAGCUGCUUGUUCCCUUGUGCUUAAAGAUGUCCCUCCACACAGCAUGGUGGCAGGAAUACCAGCAAAAGUGAUUGGAUAUGUAGACGAAAAAGAUCCUUCAUUAACCAUGAAGCAUGAUGCUACCAAAGAAUUUUUUGAAAAUGUAGCUGUUAAGUUCAGAGAUGCAAGGUCUGCUGGAGGGCAGACUUCAGAAAAAAGUGACGCGAGCACUUGAGAGAUGUAGGUAGGGUAGAUCUCCACUGCUAAAAUUGCUAAUGUGAAGGCAAUAUGUGGUCUUUGGAGCAGAAGAUGACAUACUGUAUCACAGCUUGUAUCAUAGAAUUUCAUUAACCAUUAUCACUCUUCUGCUAUCUCUGCUGAUUGAGGUUCUCAUUCCAGAGGUUUAAAAGUACACGAUCUCCCGAUAUUUUCUCUCUCCCACCAUAUUGAUAUGGUGAGAUGAUGAAGUAGCCGUGUUGCAGAAAGAUUGACCCCAGAUCAGAUGAGAAGAUGAAGUUUUUACUUUUUGUGCUCUUGUAAUCAAGCUGAACUGCCUUAAUAUACUGAAUGCAUCAAAAAAAGCAACAGUAGCUCAUUUUAUUUGAACCUAUUGGUGGGUGAUCA